AUGGCACCGUCCCCUAAAAAAGGAGAAAAGCCCGCCACUGAACUCUCACCACCUCUACCCACCCCCAAAGACAACCCAGCAAAGGCAAUACACCAAGACAUCAAGACCGCCCUAAUAGCACUAGGAGCACGCGAAGGUAACCUUUCCCAUCCUUCCCAUCCUCAAUAAAACUCGCCAGCACUCCUAACACAUGCCCAAGAAUAUGCGCAAUUUAUCGCCGACCAAGUCGUCCCAGGGGGUGAAACCUACCUCGAAGACGUGUAUAUCAGAACCGUGCACAACGAAAACGAGAGCGAGACGACGGAGAUGAGAAUUAG